UUUCUAUACUAACAGCAGUCUGACUCUCUGACUCACUUUCAGCACCGACUGCAUGUGGAUAAACGUUUGGCUUCAUCUUUCUCUAGAUAUAAAGACUGAUCUUUUAAAGCUCAGUCGCUGAGCACUUCUUUACCUGUUAAUGAGAAUAAUGAGGUGUGAAGUUUACUAAGAACAAAAUGACCAACAGCUCUACAGCGCCUAAACUUAUCACGGACACAAGUGAUGGUGAACUUAAACUGCACACCACAAACCCCUCGACCUCUAUGUUUCCUGAAAUACCAGACGAACUCUGCAAACUUCCUGGAAGAUUACGUAUUAAUCCAUCUCUGUGGGAUAAAGACGACGUUAACUUGUGGCUGCGCUGGGCACAGAAGGAAUACGCCCUGCGCCGUGCCAACCACGAGAAGUUCGAGAUGAACGGAAAAGCACUGUGUCUCCUCACCAAGGAGGAUUUCCGCCUUCGCUGCCCCAGUUCAGGUGACGUCCUGUAUGAACUCCUACAGCACGUGAAGCAGCAGAGAAGCUGCACGGCACCUGGCUCCGUCGGGACUGCAGGUCUGUGCAGUGCCGCUAACAGAUCUGUGCCUGUGUGUUCUGUGAACCCACACACUCGAACCACAUCAAGCCCAGAAAUGAGACAAAACCUCCAAGUUCAGCAUUACAGCCUUCCACAAACACACAAAGAAACUCCAUGUGUUUCUGAAGAAAGAAAAUCACAGCUUUCUCCAGUCCAACCUGUCCAUCCUGAGGUCUCCAGCAAGAGAGACGAACCGCUCAACCUGUCCUUCAGAACAGAACCAUCCAGGAUCAAAACGCCAACAACUGAAGCCAACGGAAAAAUCGCAGAUUGCAGAUUAUUAUGGGAUUAUGUGUACCAACUGCUGGUGGACACCAGAUACGAAUCCUACAUCAAGUGGGAGGAUCGAGACGCUAUGAUCUUCAGAGUGGUUGAUCCCAAUGGACUCGCUCGACUCUGGGGGAACCAUAAGAACCGGGCCAACAUGACCUACGAGAAAAUGUCUCGAGCACUGCGCCAUUACUAUAAACUCAACAUCAUCAAAAAAGAGUCGGGGCAGAGACUCCUCUUCAGGUUUCUUAAAACUCCCAAUGAGAUCAUUCAGAGUAGAUCUGAUCGCUCUGACCCUCCUGAGUCUCCCGACAGUCCAGUCUCUCCUGCUUACAAAGAGGGAACUCUGGAAGUAUCACCGUCCUCAAGCCCAGACCCUUGCAGUCCUGAAUCUCUUCACAUCCUCAGUGUGUCCCCACUGCCAUGACCACCACAAUAACACGGUUUUCAUCACAAAAUAUCUCCAUCUAGUCACCCGAGCAUCACCAAAUGACCUGAACUUUCUACCUAUAUAUAUAUAUAUAUAUAUCAGACUCUUUCCAACACUCCAUCUUCCCAGUUUUUAUCAUCAUUAUCAUUUUGUAUUGUUUUUUAAUAAGCAUGACAAUCUAUAUACAGUAUUGUGUUCUUGGUUAGAAUGCAAUUUCUUUACAUUUUGUUCUUUUACUUUUGGUUAUUUUAGUUUAAAUCUUUAAACGUUUCUUUAACGCAAUUCAUGUAAUUAUUAGCACUUAGGAUAGGUGGAAGAAAUAAUAAAAGUGAAAAUAAAUAAUUUAUUUUUGAUUGUACAAUAAAAGAAAUUGCAGAAAUAAAAGAUUUCUAAAAUACAUAGAUAAGUAUCAGAGUUUGAGAAAAAAAACUAGAUCAUAUUUUUGAGAUUAUGGCAGCCAGGGGAAGAGACAUUAAAGAUGCAUUUUCAAAGAACUUGAUUUGUGAGCGAUGGGGAGAGCAGAUCAGCAACAUGAACGAAACCAGUUCUUGUUAACUCAGUCCUUCAUCACUAGUUCUAGUCCAAUAAAGAAUAAAUAAAAAUUAUACAGAAUGGACCUGAAGCGCUUUAGCAUUCAGGUAAUAAAAAGUGGAAGGAGAGUAGUCUGAAUUGGGUUCUGGAGACCAGCUCCAGCUCACACAUUGAACUCUGUUGCCAGCCACGAGCAUUUCCAAGCUAGUGAUGUCACAUCCAUCAGUAGCUCCAUAUCCCAGAGCUGACUGACUUCUCUUAUGAAGACACACCACUCAAGCCCAGUGUUUCUGUGAACUCACUCACCUGGAUCAGGUGAUGUCCUGCAAGGACAGAUAUUGGCUCUUGUCUCAGACCUUCCCCAAGGUUUUAGAGAGUGAUUAACACUCAGUUUGUGACCUCUACAGUGAGCUUCCUCCCACCUGAUUAUGAAGAGCUUCAACAGGAGCUUAAAUCCCAGCACAGCAGAUCUAACACACUCGAUCAUGGUUAGUUUUAUUUUUAACAAACAAACACUAAAAGAACAGGACGACACACCUGACACAAAUACACUACGUUAUGAGCUUUAUGAAGUCGAUAUGAUGCCCCUGAUUUGUGAUUAGUUUGGCAAAUCAACUGGAAUCUUUAUAAAUCUGCUCUAGUGGGCGUGGCUUAUGAUAAUGAGAUAGCUG